AUGUCUUCUCCAAAUCCCAAUCUUCGCACUAAAAAUCUUACCCUUCGUCCCGCCGUCCCUUCCGAUGCUGCCCCCCUCGCAGCCAUAUUUUCUAACCCCCUCAACAACCAACAUGAGCCGCACACGCCAAGCAACCCAACGGUAGAAGAAUACCAAGGCCGAAUCCACAAAUGGGAUGACCUACGCGCUAGUGGGAAAGCCUACUUUCUAGUCAUAACUCGACGCCCAACAACAGAGACGGGAUUAGCUUCACCACCUGUGGAUGGCGUUAUCGGCUUCGGCGGCAUCAACGCAGUCUCUACGGACGCUCAGGUGGAGAAAGGGUACGGGCGGGAAGCUUUGCAGGCCACGUUGGACUUUGCGUUCCGAACUGUGGAAGCGGAGGGUGUCGGAUGUGAGGAGGCGUUUUUUGAGACAUUGGCGGUGAAUACACCGUUUCAAGGACUGGCUGACCAGAUGGGGAUGGCGAAGUGGAAGCGGGUAACGAGUGAGGGAAAGGAGCUUGAGUACAGGUUCAGCAAAGAUGACUGGGAGGAAAUGAAGAAUGAAAGUGCGUGA